AUGACCAACAGCACGGAUAUGAAAGUGUUCUACCUCAAUGCCUUUACCGACAUGGAAUUCAAAGGACUGUACUUUGCUUUGUUCCUUAUCAUUUACCUUGUCACAGUAAUAGGUAAUAUUUGUAUUAUUUUCCUAGCAAUAAUUGAUGAUUUCCUUCAGACACCAAUGUACUUUCUCCUUAGAAAUCUGGCAUUUUUAGACAUUUGCUAUACAUCUACAACACUGCCACAAAUACUUGCCAAUUUAUUGAUAGAGCAUUUAGCUAUUUCUGUACCGGCAUGUAUUAUCCAGCUAUUUUUCUUCCUUUCAUUAGCGGCCUCCGAGUCUUCUUUAUUGGCCAUAAUGGCGUAUGACCGAUAUGUUGCUAUAUGUAAUCCAUUGAGAUAUUCUGCCAUUAUGAAUAAAGAUGUUUGCCUCCAUAUGGUUGCUGGGACCUGGGUAGUUGGGGUCAUUUUUGGGACAAUUCACACAGCUAACACAUUUAGAUUGACCUUUUGUGGCUCCAAUGUUCUCAACCAUUACUUCUGUGACAUUCCACCCUUGUUGAAGAUUUCCUGCAUUGAUACUCUACCUAACGAGGCUACUGUUUUUGCGGUGGGGAGCUUGCUAAUGCAUGGCUGCUUCUUAUUGAUAUUUGGAUCUUAUGUACAAAUUUUGCUGUCAGUCCUGAAUAUUCGAAAAGGAUGUGGGAGAAAGAAGGGUCUGUCAACUUGUGUGUCCCAUCUCAUUGUUGUACUUUUGUUUUACGGAAGUGGUAGCUUUAUGUACUUCCGUCCCAAAUCUAAUGUGCUUGCUGAUAAGGAAUGGCUAUUGUCUCUGUUCUACACAAGCAUUACACCUCUCUUAAACCCCCUCAUAUACAGUCUGAGGAACAAAGAUAUUCAAGGGGCAUUUCGAAAACAUCUGAAGAGAUUUCCAAUACAAAGACAUUUCUAG